UUGAUUUGCUCAGCUGAAGAUAUUUGUCACCACUAACCUUUUAGGUUUUGUUUUGCUGUCGCACACUGCCCCUUUGCAUUGGUAUGCGUCAAAUAAAUUGGAAUAAAAAGAUGAAAUCGCCAAAAUUUAUUUUGCUUGUGUUGGCUGUGGUUUCAACCAUCAUUCUGUACGUCAAGUCAAUGGAGGCUGAAGACAAAUCUCAAAAGAGACUGAUGGAAUUUCCUGGUGGGGCCUCUGCCCACAACGGCCAGGCCACUGCUCUGCAGUACCAAAACUCAGGGGACUUCUACCAGGAAAUCAAGGAGCUGAAAAAUCGCAUUAAGGAGCUGGAGAAAGGGAGAAAGGUGUAUCCAGAGGUCCCUAUUUUGAAUUACAAGGACAGGAAACGAAUAUUGAUCACAGGAGGUGCCGGAUUUGUUGGGUCGCACCUCACAGACAAGCUGAUGUUACAAGGACAUGAGGUGUACGUCGUAGAUAACUUCUUCACUGGACGCAAGAAGAACGUUGAACACUGGAUCGGCCAUAACAACUUUGAGCUCAUCCAUGCUGAUAUUGUGAACCCACUCUUUAUUGAAGUGGACCAGAUCUAUCACCUAGCCUCACCGGCGUCCCCACCUAACUACAUGUACAACCCAGUCAAGACACUGAAAACAAACACCAUUGGCACAAUUAAUAUGCUAGGUUUGGCAAAGCGUGUCAGAGCCAGGCUUCUGCUGGCAUCUACUUCAGAAGUGUAUGGAGACCCCGAGGUUCACCCCCAGACCGAGGACUACUGGGGCCAUGUGAACCCAAUUGGGCCCCGGUCAUGCUACGACGAGGGAAAGAGGGCCGCCGAAUCCCUCUGCUAUGCUUACAAAAAACAGGAUAAUGUGGAUAUAAGAGUGGCUCGUAUAUUCAACACGUUUGGACCUAGGAUGCACAUGAAUGAUGGCAGAGUGGUGUCCAACUUUAUCCUCCAGGCACUGCAAGACCAGCCCAUUACAAUAUAUGGCAAGGGAGAACAGACCCGGUCAUUCCAGUACGUCAGUGACCUGGUCAAUGGUCUGAUUGCUCUCAUGAAUGGUAACUACUCCAUGCCUGUCAACCUUGGAAAUCCCGAUGAAUACACAAUCACUGAGUUUGCUGAAGAGAUCCUUAAACGUGUUGGGGGAAAGAGCAAGAUAGUUCACAAGCAGAAGCCCAUUGAUGACCCAAAGAAACGGAAACCGGACAUAUCCCUUGCCAAACAGGAGCUCAAGUGGGAACCAAAGAUAAAGGUCAUGGACGGGGUUGAUAAAACCAUUGAAUAUUUCCGAGAGGAGCUGCGUUAUUCAAACAUGCUACCAGAGGGCCACAGUAAAAGUCAAACAGACCCUACCGAAGAUGAUGUCGAUUAACCUCUUUGACUCAUCUUUGAAAUCAUCAGCGCCUUAACUCAUGUCAGUUGAUGGAAAUAGCCACAAUUAAAACCUACAAGUUCUGCCACAGUCUAGGUCAAGUGGACGCCAUAAACGUCUGUGACUAAAAUCUUCGAAAUUGGCGGAAUUAUUUAUGACCAUGGACAUGAGCCAAAUAUUAAGUUAGAUUUUGGCUUAAUGCUCUACUGUCAAUGAAUAAAUGUGUUAAAUUUUUUGCUUUAAGCAUACAUUUAAGCUGUGAUUAACUGGUAUAUUUAGCCCAAGAUAAGAGGGUAUAUUAAGUAGACAAUGGGCCAAUUUUUGUUAUUUCACAUGUAAAAAAUAACAAUGAUGUCGUUAAUCAAGUUGUUAUAUUAAAAAGUUCUGAGAAAUUGGCCCAUUGAAAAACAGCUACUUUCAGAAUUUUAUAACAAAAUGUGCAUUUCAAUUGCAUGGAAGUAGUUAUAUAUAUAUAUCAAGUUAUGAGCAUUAUAGAAAUCAUGCAAAACAUACUUAAUUUAAAAAAGGGAAAAGCUAAUGUUUUAGUACUUGCAAUAUACAUCCAUUUUAAUUAUAAAAACUGCAUAUUGUAAUGCGUGUCUUAAUUAAUAUUCAAGAACAAAGCUAUUUCAAGUUUACAAUUGAACAGAGUUAGCUGAAGGUAGGGUGACUGAAUUAGUUAGAAAUCAAACAAUCAUUUGUAGUAUCAAAAUUUCAAUGGUGUUUUGGAAUCAUUUUUCAUCUAAACCCUUGUAAAUGGAACCUGCACUUUUUUAAGAUUCAAUAUGGUAUUGGUAUUUUUCAAUACGGUAUUGGUAUUUUAUGAUUUACGGUAUUUAAAUUUAACCUGAAAUGUGGUCUUUAUAAUCAGUUUAUAAUAACAUUGUAUGUACAUUUUCGUUGCUAAUUAUACCUUUGUUUAUUUGAGAAAUGCUAAGUAGUUGUAGCUGUUAAAAACAUCAAUCAUUUGUGCCAUCUAAGCAGACUCAACCCAGGCCCAAUUAUCACACAAGUAUGCAAGCCAAUUUUCAAUCUCACUUUACUACAGAAAAGCAAAGUUUGAUUAAAAAUCUUGUAUGUUUUUAUACUUUUUGAAAACGUAUUUUCUCAAAGUAUGUGUUGACAAAAAGAUUUUAUCAAUAUUUUAAAGAAAACUAGGUCUAGAGUGAAAAAUAUACUUGAGUAAUUGUUUAAAAAACAAUAAAUUGUACUCAAAUAAAUUUUGGGCUGCAGAAUUUGUUUCCCUUGGAACCUUGACUUAAGGCAUUUAUCAAGAUAUUCUAUGGUAAAUUGCGCUAUUAAAAGGUGUAAAAACAUAAAUGUAAUGUUUUUUAAAUUUAAUAAUUUUUAAUGCUAUGUGAUAAAAUGAAUUGAGACUGAGAUUGAGUGUUUACUUAAGUAUUUGGGGUCUGGGGCAGUGAUUAGGAACAGUCUCAAGUCUGAGUUCAGACUCAAGACUCAUUAUGGCAAAACUUCAUUUCAUUGCAAUUUUCCUUCUAUCAAAGCAUUGAUGUUGAAAUUAACUGAAAUAUAUUACUAUUUGAAAGUUUUACUAUUAUUUACAUAAAUUUCUGUUAAAGAAAUGGAAUAAAAUAAAUGUGAUUCUUAUUCCUUCAUUAAAAUUCCUGAGUCUAGACUUGGACUUGAGACUGUUCGUAUUCAUGGCCCCUGGUCUGACUCAGACUUAGAAAUGCACUUUAAUUAAAAUACAGAAAAUCAUAUUCACUUCUUUCAUUUUACAAAAAUGAAUAUGAUAAGUUGUAAAAUUUCAUACAGUAAUCAAGUCCAGCAAAUUUCAUCAUUAAAAAUAGACUGGAAAGAUAGUUACAAUGAAAUGAAGAUUUGCAGUUCUGCCACUUGAGUCUGAACUCAGACUUGAGACUGUUUGUAACCAUAGCCCAUGACGUCUUCAAUUUAAUUAUGCAAACUUACAUAUUUAGGUUGGCCUUGUCUGUAUUAUAGAUAAAACUUAAUGUGCAUAUUGUUUAACACACAAGAAGUUAUGAAGUUAUUGUUAAUUUCAAUACUACGCUCUGAUUGGAUGAAUGCAACAUCAUUUAACCAAUGAAACAAGAUGUUUCAAUUAUGGGCUGUUCUUUUAUGUAUAGCUUCAGUACAUUCUACUUCAUUUUAAAUGUGAUAAAUAAUUAAUCUAAUUGUAGAUUAAAGUAUUUAAUGAAAAUAUUAUUGACGUGAGUUUGUAUAAAAGGCUCUUAAAUGUGUUAAUUAUUUUUUUCAUUCUAAGCAAUGCUUACAUGUUGUAAAUAGAAAAAUAAAUGUUUAUGUUUUUCUUCUUUACUAUGAUUAACAAUUUGUAACAUAAGGUGCAGCCGGCAAAGAGCUUAUUUAUAAGUAUAAAACAUUAUCUUCAGGUAUCAGAACUGCAUUUACAGUUGAAACACGUUCGCUUGAUAUCCCAGAGUCCAGCCAAAAUCCCUCUCACAAGUAUUGAGCCAAGCAGGAAUACUUACACAGAGUCCUUUACAUCUAGUUUGAGCCAACGAGGAUAUUGAGCCAAGCGAUAUCGAGCCAACAGGUUUUGACUGUUAAAUGAGGGCCAGGACCCCAUUCCAAUGAAAUAUUUUAGUCGUAAAUUUUAUCCUGAUUAAGACUACUCAGGGACAUGCAUAAUGUUAAAGCUGCACUCUCACUGAUAUACCAUUUUUACAAUUUUAUUUUUUUUUGUCUUGGAAAGAGAUUUUUGCGUAAAUAUCUGCAAACCAAUGACAUAAGAUUGGUGACAAAAAAUCAGAUCAUUGACUUAUAUUUCCGUUCGAAAAUUAGUGUUUUAUGGCUUAAACCUUACUAACAGCAGAAAAAUGCAUAAAACAUCAAUUUUUGAACUUAAAUAUAAAAAUCUGCAAUCUAAUUUUUUGUCAGCAGUCUUGUAUCACUGAUUUCCAUGGAUUUUCGCCAAAAUUUGCUCGUUCCAAGACAAAAAAUAAAGAAGUCGUCUAAACGUUCAAUCUGUUAGAGUGCAGCUUUAAGGGGCGAAUCUAUAUGAUUAAUGUCCUAAAGAUAGUUUAAGCGAAAAACAGGAUUUAGCCUGGAAAUUAUGAUUUUUAAAACAAUACGAUCUUUAUAUUAUAACGGGGUCCUGGGGUAGUUAGAUCAAAUUUGAUGUAAUUUUUUACUUUUUGUUUGUACCUAUUUUGUAAAUUUUUAAAGACAUAGACUGCUGAUAGUGCAUUGUGGUGUUUACCAUGUGACAUCAAAUUUUGAUAACAAAAAGGUUUGAUUUUUUAGUGUGUUUUUAUUGUCUUUCUUAAUAUAGGGAAAAAAGCAAAAUGAUCAUGCUUGCCUGGUCCUUUUUGCCUAAGGUAAGCGAUUUAGCCACUGAGUGUAUAAAAAUAGAAGAAGUUCUUUCGAUAAGGUGAUGAUAUGUGCUGUUUUAAAACUCUGUUAUAUACAUGCAUAAUUUAUACAUCUUAUUUACGCAUAAUUAUAUUGUUACAAAACUUUUUUUUAUUUCUCUUUCAUUAAAAACUCAAGAAUGAAACAUUAUUUGUUUCCCAAAUUUUCCUGUAAAUAAUUUGCAGUGAACUAACCUUUGCAAAAAAACAAUAAUUCAUUUCCCGGUUUAAAGUGAGUAUCUAGUCACAUUUAAUUAUUAUAUUUAACGUAGAUCAUAUUAGCUGUAGGCUACAGCUACAGUAGCAUCAAACAAUAUUAUUCGGGAGUUCUAUCCUUAUUGCAUUUAUAUUAAUAAGGCGAGAUCUUGGUAUCCAUUUUUUAUAUCAAUUUUCUAACAAUUUCAUUCCUAAUCAUUCCAUAUUAAAGCAUUUUGUGUUUUACUGUGAGUAUUGUCAGGAAGUUUAAUUGUGUUCUCUGCUUUUAAUGAUGAAGCAAGGCAGAACAUUUUUGCAAGGCCAAGGAUUUUUUUUUUUUAAAGGCCAGUGGAUUUUUUAUAAUUUUUUUAGGCCAGAAAAAAAACAUUUUUAUUUCUUUUAAGGCCAGGAAAAAAACAUUUCUGUUUUAAUAGAGGACAGUGGAAAACAUUUUAUAUAAGGUAUAUAAGGCUGUUUUUAGAUUUUCAUCCCUACCCUUCAGCUCCUGUCCGAAACCCUGGCCUUUUAGAUCUUACAAGAAGUGGUUGAACUCAUCAUUAGCUUCUCCAUUUUUCCAAAAAAAUAAAUGAAGGUAGUGUCCAUCAGCCUUGGUGUUGUUGUAGUCAUAAGCAUUGUUGUACAUAUUUUAAUAAAACAAAGAAAUCCUAUAGGGAAAAGGGAGGGCAGUCCCAUUUAAAAGUGCCUUUCUGGGGGUAUCUGUAUAAAUGGAAUAGUCUUAAAGGAACUCGCUCAUGUUUUUUGACCAAAAAAUAUUUUUCACGGUAAUGCAUCUGAAAACACUCAUUUUAUCAUUAUUUUACUCUAUGAUAUGUGUGUGAAGGAUAUUUUGUCCUUUUAACAAUUUAUUGGUAACAUCACGAUACAUAGUCAAUCAACCAUCACGAAACAACAAACCCGUUAUAAAUGCUUAUGAAAAUUGUGGUCUUCAAAGACGAUAUUUGAGCAAUUAUUAACAUUUGCUGAAGGGUUUCAGCUUUUGGUAUCUUAAGUUUUAACUUUCCUAAUGAUUUGCCACACUUUAUUCCAUUAUACAAAAAAAGUGCAUUUUACAAAAUCAUGAGCGAGUCUCUUGAAGAAAGUUUAUGUGUUCAUUAUAUGAAAUUCACUGGUGCAUAUAUUUGGAAUAAUUUUUCUGAAUAUGUCUUUUAUCACUCGCUACUAUAUAUGACAUAUUUGGGCAAUUGUUUAGAACGUUGUUAAAAUUGCCGACGUUGUUAACAUCAUCUUUGUUAACUUUUAAAUCGUUACUGCUCUGGAAGUUUUAACGUAUUUUUAUCAAGGUUUGAUACUAUGGUUUCAGCUGUACUUGUUUCUAUUCAAAUUUGGGAGCGAAUCAUCAAACAUUUCAUGUUUAAAAGUUAACAACGAAGUUGUUAAUCACUUUGUUAACUGAAACAAAGUUCUGAACAGUCGGUCCAUAGGUUUUAUGUGCUUGCUGAAUUUUGGACCGUUUUGAUAAAUUUGAUAAAAAUGAUCAAUGCUUAUUUAUGAGGGGAAGUUUCAUACAGUCUGAUGUUAUUUUUAGAAUAUGACUGUUUUUCUCAAGUCUGUUGUAAAAUGCGUUAGUGUUGUAUGUAAUGUUGUUUAAUCAAAUUGAAGAAAUAUUUAAGUAAUGUUAUACAUUUUUGAUAUAAUUUGUAUGCUUAUAACUGGCAUUUAAUAUUGAUAACAAGGCUAGUGAAAUUUUAGAUGAUUAAUUUUGAAAAAAAAUUGAGUUUUUCAAUUUCAAUUUUACAUUUUUUCAGAUAUUGUCUUGAAAUCCAUUUGAACUUACUUAUCAAUGUGAUAAAAUCAUUUAAUCAAUAUACUUUGUUUGCCAUAUAGCCUAUUUUUUUUUUAAAUUAAAUGUACAAAGAAUGUAAUUUUUGUGUCACCUGCAAAGCAUGGCAGACACAUAGGGAUUACAUUGUCUGGUGUCGUUGUCAUCUGCACUACUUGGUAUGCGUUGUUGUCAUCAGUGCACUACUUUGUAUAGUGUCCUCAUCAUAUGCCCAUACUUUGUAUGGUGUUGUUGUCAUCUGCACUACUUUGUUGGUGUCAUUGUCAUAUGCAAUACUUUUUCUGUGUGGUCAUCUUAUGCAUCACUUUGUCUGGUGUUGUCAUCAGCUGCACCAGUGUCUGCUUUGGCGUGAUACUUUCUAUUUCAAAACUUCUGAACAAUUUUGUGUAGAGUCCUGUUGGUAUACACAUUUACCUGCUCAUUAGAUGACCCCUAUUGAUUAUGAGUCAAAGGUCAAGGUCAUGGUGUCUUUUACUACUAGGCAGGCGCUACAUCUGCGCCGUGGAAUUCUAGUUUGUUUCUUGCACAAUACUGAUGCAGUAGGUUUUUCACUUUUAUGGAUUCAUCUGCCAUUUAUUUUCAUUUAUUUAUUCAUGGUUAUUUAAUAUUUAUUUUCCUUAGCUCAAAAUUAAAAGUGUUAGUUUCAUGAUUGUUAUCAAAAUAGAUGUUACAGAUUUUUUUUAAAUUUGUGUUACACUUCCCAUGUACACAUUCUAAUUAUUGUAAAUAUUGUUUUCAACAGUCUACAUGUAUCAACAUUUCUGCUUAUAUUUUCUUGUCUUAUUUUGUAGAGCAAAUGAAAAUAUCAAAUUGGCAGAAUGUUUAGAUCUUUGUUAAAGGUAACAAUGUUGUUAACGGCAUCGUUGUUAAAUUUUAAGUCUUAACUGCUCUGGAAGUUAAAUGGAUUCACUUGUGAUCUGUUAUAUUUUACAACUUUCCUUCAGCUGUAUUUAUUAUACCCCCGACAAACGAAGUUUGAAGGGGGUAUAUUGGAGUCACCCUGUGGUCGGUCCGUCGGUUUUGUCGGUCGGUCCGUUGCAAUUUACCUUGUCCGGAGCAUAACUUAAAGACUACUGGAUGGAAUUGGAUUAAACUUCAUACAAUGAUAUAAGGUAUAAUGAGAGGAAGUACAGUGUACAAUAACCAUAACUCUAUUCUUGCUUAUUACUGAGUUAUUGCCCUUUGUUACUUUUGUUUGUCCGGAGUAUAACUUGAAAAGUACUGGAUGGAAUUCAUUGGAACUUCAUACAAUGGUAAAGCACAAUGAGAGGAAGUGUAGUGUUCAAGAACCAUAACUCUACUAUAGCUAAUUACUGAGUUAUUGCCCUUUAUUUGUUUUUUUGCUGUCAAAUAUUUUUCCAGACAUUAACUUGCAAACUACAAGAUGGAAUUUAUUAAAACUUCAUACAAUGGUAAAGCACAAUGAGAUGAAGUGCAGUGCACAAGAACCAUAACUCUAUUUCAGCCAAUUACAGAGUUACUGCCCUUUGUUACUUUUUUCUUGUCCGGAGCAUAACUUGAAAACUAUUGGAUGGAAUUUAAUAAAACUUCAUACAGUGAUAGAUCAUAAUGAGAGAGAGCAGUGUACAGGAACCGCAAUUCUAUUUCAGUCAAUUACAGAGCUACUGCCCUUUGUUACUUUUUCUUUUCCGGAGCAUGACUUGAAAACUAUUGGAUGGAAUUUGAUAAAACUUCAUACAGUGAUAGAUCAUAAUGAGAGGGAGUGCAGUGUAUAGGAACUGCAAUUCUAUUUCAGCCAAUUACAGAGUUGCAGCCCUUUGUUACUUUUUCUUGUCCUGAGCAUAACUUGAAAACUAUUGGAUGGAAUUUAAUAAAACUUCAUACAGUGAUAGAUCAUAAUGAGAGGGAGUACAGGAGCCGCAAUUCUAUUUCAGCUAAUUACAGAGUUAUUGCCCUUUGUUAUUUUUUCUUGUCCGUAGCAUUACUUGAAAACUACCGGAUAUAAUGUAAUAAAACUUAAUACAAUGGUACAGCACAAUGAGAAGGAGUUCAGUGUACAUGAAUCAUUACACUAUAUUAGCAAAUUACAGAGUUAUUGCCUUUUUCUGUGUUUUUUAUGUCAAACUUUUGUCUGUACAGUAACUUGAAAACUACUAGAUGGAAUUUCAGAAAACUUCAUACAAUGAUGGGGUAUUAAUCACCUUCAGUGAUAGCUCUAGUUUAUAAUAAAAUAUGCGAGGUCAUCAUCAAUUACUUCGCUUUCAACGUUGUCGUUUCUCACGUUGUUAACUUUAACUGAGUUCUGACAUUAGUCGACGCAAUGUUUAUUUGUUAAUUUUGUAACAUUUUUGAUUUGAGACAAAUUGUGUACAACAAAAGCCACUGAUUAUUAAAAGAAAAUCCAAAUAAUUUUAUAAUUGAUCACAAUUACAAUUGUUAACAAUUCAAUUUGGUGUAUGUUUGAUUUAUUGAUUGAAGAUUAAAUCCCAAAUGAAACCUG